AUGGUGUUCAUCAGCUUGGCUCUCAAGUCUGUCCUGAAGUACUUCAACAGGAACAACAGCGCUGUCAGACUGGACGAGGACAAAAAGUGGUCGGUACACUACACUUCCCAGAAGCCUCAGCAGGAGACACGGCCCUCUUGUGUGGAUGACCGCCGCAACGUACUCAGAGAGUGCAGCAAGAAGCUCAGGAGAGUUGGGUAUGGCAGUUCACAGUACUUCUCCCCAAACCCUGCCUACCUCAGCCCCAGCAUAUCAGAGAACAGGCUACAUGAUGACAUGGGCAGGAACGACAGACACCGGAAAAAGUCAACCGGGUCAUCGCCAGAUGAGGACCUGUCGGCAUAUUCAUUCAGGCCACCACCGAGCCCCCCUCCAAACAGUUACGAAACCAUCGAUGACACAGUUAACGGGUGUGACAUCACGGCGAACAGCUGUGACCUCACAGUUGCCGGGGAGACGGAGUGGACUAAGCCCCUCCCUCUGCCGACACCAGAGGAGAAGAUGAGGCAGCAGGCGCAGGCCAUCGCCGCUGAAAUAGUACCCAUCAACAUCACUGGUGAGGGUUUUGAGCGUCAGGCUAGUUUCCGGCGAGCAUUAUCCAACACAGACACUCUGAUCCGUCAACCCCGGAACAAACUCACACGCCGCAAGACCAUCGCCGGAAUACCUGAUGACAUCACCAGAGAUCUGGAACAUGAAGCUGAUGAAGAGCCAGGGUGUGGUGGAUCAUUGGUUUUGCCUGGUCAGUACUCUACUCUGGGCCGAACCGGUAGUGUCAACACAGCCCUGCUACAGCGUUCUCUCGCACAAGGCUCACUCACCCAAUCACUCACGCCCUCACACACCCAGGAGGCCGGCCUGUUGGAGGAAAGGAGAGAGGAGGAAAGGGUAGAAGAGAGGAGAAUGGAGGAGAGAAGAGAGGAGGAAAGGGAGGAGAGGAGAGUGGAGGAGAGGAGAAAAGAGGAAAGGGAGGAGGAGAGGAGAAUGGACGAAAGGAGAGAGGAGGAAAGGGAGGAGGAGAGGAGAAUGGACGAGAGGAGAGAGGAGGAAAGGGAGGAGGAGAGGAGAGUGAUGAAGCCGUCAGUGCGUCGGAUCCGAGCCCAGAGAGGACAGGGUAUCUCUUCUCUGAUGGCCUCUCUCACCCCGACCCUCACCCCUAACCCCUCCCUCACGCCUUACCUCAGCCUCACCCCCUCCUCUUCCAUGGGCAGUGUCUCCCUGGGGGGUGAAGAUGGAGGAGAGGGGCUCCACAGCCUCCCCCGUCAGGAUGUCCUGUCCUCCCUGAGCUCUGAGAGCAGCUGCCUCAGCACCCCCUACAGGACAUUCUGCAGCAUGGCAUCCUGCUCUAUGGAUCAUGAAUUCCUGAGCCAGUCAGGGGAGGGUCGGAGCAGAAGAUUCCCAAGUCAGAGCACCUUACUGGGGGAGGACUGGAGCUACGAGCCCCUCUUACCCUCCAGCCGCUCCUCCCCCCUUCAUCCUUUCACCUCCAUUUCCUCCUCUUGUCAGACCGACUACAGCUGCUCCGAGUCCCACGGCCACGACUACGCUACCGGCAGCAACCGCAGUCCCCACAGUAACCGGGACCACCGCGGUCUCCAUGGAAACAGCCGUAACCUCUCAGGCAGUAUCUCUCUGAGGAAGUCAAAGAGGCCUCCCGCUCCCCCCACGCGCUCCACCUCACUACGGUUUAAACCUGGCCGGGGGAAAACGCUGCGCUACAACUACAACAACCACACUGCUGGACCUGGAGAGGUGGUCACGAAGGGGAGUCUGACCUCCAGCCCUGCUCCCCUCUCCCCUCCACUCUCUCCAGGGGUGUUCGAGGACCCAUGGGUCCCCCGCUGUAGCAGUGUGGGCAAGGGGGGCAGGGCAGGUGCUGAAACAGACAGUCAGGCCAACCAUGUCCCUCACUUCCACCAACAGCCUGGUCAGGAUCAAAACUACCCUUCUAUCCCGUGCCACCAUCAGCCUCACCCAUCUGUCCCCCUCUCAGCCAGUGCUGGAGGGGUGAGCCUGCUGGUGGGACCUAAAAUGGUUGCCUCUUCUCCUAAAAUGUCCGCCACGGCAGGGAGACUCCAGCGGCUGGCCUCUUCCACCUCCUGCGGAUACUCCAGCGAGUGCAACACCCCAACCCUCACCCUCACCUCACCCCUCUCCUCACCCCUCACACCCUCCUCACCCCUCACCCUCUCCUCACCCCUCACAUCCCCUUCACCCCUCACACCCUCCUCACCCCUCACAUCCCCUUCACCCCUCACACCCUCCUCACCCCUCACCCUCUCCUCACCCCUCACCCUCUCCUCACCCCUCAUCUCCUCCUCCUCCCUGAACCUCACCUCCUCUUCCUCCCUUCCCAGGACACGUUCUAGCCCAGGAGGAGGAGGGCCAAGACCCCCCAUCCCAGAGAGAAAGUCCUCUCUCCUCUCCUCCCCCUUCUCCUCCUUUUCCUCUACCUCCUCCCUCUCUUCCUACACCUCCUCCGACUCCAGAUAUCCCUCUCUCCCCCCUCCUCCUCCCCUGCCCGGCUCCAGCAUUCUUCCCUGUCUACCUCCACCCUACCCAUCCCUCCCUCAAGGGCAAUCACUCCCCUCUCCUCUCCCUGAUCUGUGCAUCUCUCACCAUCUUCCCUCUCCCCCUUCUCUACCACAACCAUCCCUCCCCUCUCCCCCUCCUCUACCUCAACCAUCCCUCCCCACUCCCCCUUCUCUACCUCAACCAUCUCUCCCCUCUCCCCCUUCUCUACCUCAACCAUCCCUCCCCUCUCCCCCUCCUCUACCUCAACCAUCCCUCCCCUCUCCCCCUCCUCUACCCCAACCAUCCCUCCCCUCUCCCCCUCCUCUACCCCAACCAUCCCUCCCCUCUCCCCCUCCUCUACCCCAGCCAUUCCUCCCCUCUCCCCCUCCUCUACCCCAACCAUCCCUCCCCUCUCCCCCUCCUCUACCUCAACCAUCCCUCCCCUCUCCCCCUCCUAUACCCCAGCCAUCCCUCCCCUCUCCCCCUCCUAUACCCCAGCCAUCCCUCCCCACUCCCCCACCUUCUCCCCCUUCCUUCCUGCCUCCCUUGCAUGCCUGUGCAGUGCGACAGAAUCAACCCCACCCCUUCUUUUCACCUAUUACACCUGCCAGUCAGGUGACUUCGUUGCUAGGAUUCCCUCCUCAUCCUUCCCCUGAGCUCACAGAGGAUUCAGACCUGUCAAUCAACAGCCCUCCUCAUCUCCCUCCUCUUCCCGCUCAUCCACCACCUCCUCUCUCUUACACCCCUACUCCCCGGCCCCUGAUAUCAACCCAAGCCCUUCAGAGAGUCACUCAGUGCUCUACCAAGAGGCUAAACAACCCUCCAUCAUCUAAUGUCGAGCAAAGCCAAGAAAGCAAUAAUGCUACCCCAACUAGCAUUAUGCUAACCAACCACACAUCAGCUAAUAUUGAGCAGAGCCAAGACAUCAAUGAUGCUACUCUAACUAGCAUUAUGCUAACCAACCAUACAUCAGCUAAUGUUGAGUAUAGCCAAGACAUCAAUGAUGCUACUCUAACUAGCAUUAUGCUAACCCACCAUACAUCAGCUAUUGUUGAGCAUAGCCAAGACAUCAAUGAUGCUACUCUAACUAGCAUUAUGCUAACCCACCAUACAUCAGAUAAUGUUGAGCAUAGCCAAGAGAGCAAUGAUGCUACUCUAACUAGCAUUAUGCUAACCCACCAUACAUCAGAUAAUGUUGAGCAUAGCCAAGAGAGCAAUGAUGCUACUCUAACUAGCAGUAUGCUAACCAAUGCUAAGUCAAACAAUGAUGCCCAGCAUAUUGCAAAGAGCACAGAAGCGAAGCUAAAUGGCAUAACGCUAACCAGCACCCGGGAGCGAGGGGCGGGCAUGGAUACCAAACUAACCAACACUGUGUUAGAGAGUGUGGGAAGGGUUGAUGCCAUGCUUACUGAGGCUGAAGAGAGAACCCCAAAGAAGCCUGUUGUUCUCUCUAGGCCACUGAGAACAGUAUUUCAAAGUUCUAGCGCUGCUGCUGAAAACACACUACAGAACGGAGAACCUACGCCUCGACAGGAGACCACACCCUGCCUCUCCAACGGCCAACCAGAGUACUCAGCGUGGGCAUACACACCCACACACUCCCCUGCUACCCCCUCCUCCUCCUCCUCCUCCCCCCACAGGCAGAAGCUUCCCGUUGCCCUGAAGAAGCCCACGAUCAUGCCCCCGCCCUUGCUGAGGACACACCAGACAGACACACCACCACCACCACCCCCACCCGUAUUGAUAGGUACACCUCCAGAGCCCUUCGUCCCAGAGACACCACCCUUACUGGGGAUAAACCUGUACAGGCCAGAGAUACAGACCCAGCUAGAGACACAGACCCAGACAGAGUCUCAACCAGAGCCAGAGACAGCAUACCCCUUCCUGAAGUUCUACCAGUCACAGUACUGUGUAGCAGAGUUACCACCAAGCCCCUAUCCUUCAGAACCCUGUGUAGCAGAGUUACCACCAAGCCCCUAUCCUUCAGAACCCUGUGUAGCAGAGUUACCACCAAGCCCCUAUCCUUCAGAACCCUGUGUAGCAGAGUUACCACCAAGCCCCUAUCCUCCAUCACCCUGUGUAGCAGAGCCAAAGCAGGAGUCCUGUCCACUGGAGAUGAUGACAGAGACAGAGAGAGAGGACGAGACAGCGAGUGAGACAGACACAGAGGCAGAGGCAGACACAGAGGCAGAGACAGAGAGAAAGGCAGACACUGAGACAGAGGCAGAGUUAGAGAGAGAGACAGACACAGAGAACGAGGCAGACACAGAGGCAGAGAGAGAGACAGAGAGAGAGGCAGACACUGAGAGAGAAGCAGUUCCCAGACAGCCACAGAGUGUACCGGUGCCAUACACAGAGCUGGGGAGAUCAGAACCAGAGGAAAUUUGGGUGCUGCAGGAGGAAGAAGAGAAGGAGGAGAGAAAAAAAUGGCAGAAGCUGGGGAGAAGAGAGGAGGAGGGUGAAGAGGAAGACAGACAGAGGGGAGCGAUGGAGGAGGAGGACAGCAAUGAUUUUGAAAGCUUCUCUCUGGAAGAGAGGAGAGACUCUCUGAGCAGUCCUCUGUCUACUGACAGCCUGAAAGGGGCGCGACUCCUGCCAGAUCUGUUCAUCCAAGAGGACGAGGGGGAACUGGGGGAAGAGAGGAUGGAGUGGGAGAAGAGGGAGGAGAGGUGCAGCCUGGACACAGAUGGGGCCAGCAGCUCCACAGGGUCCCUGACCUCCAGAGAAGACAAUGGUGAGGUGUUUGAUAUUUCUUCAGCGGAGAAGAUGGUGACACCAGCACCACCACGGACUACUGAAGACCUGUUUGCUGCCAUACACAGGUCUAAGAGGAAAGUUCUUGGGCGCAGGAACUCUGAGGAAGACCGAUGCCGUGUCUUUCACCUCUCCUCCUCCUCUUCUUUCUUCUCCACUCCUCCAGUGACCUCUCCAAGCCCUAGUCCCGCCCUUCUGCAAACUCUUGAGGUGUUAGGAUCCAGUAAGGUGAGAGGUCAUAGGUUAGGGGUCAGCAGCAGCAGUGACAGCUUCAAGGCUCUGCUCCUGAGGAAGGGAAGUCGCUGCGACCCUGUAGCUCGCAUGUCUGCAGCCGAGAGACUCCGCAGUACUGCCCCCAAACACAUGAUGGCGACACCACAUAGCCAGAGCUCACAGAGUCAGAGCUCACGGAGUCAGAGCUCACAGAGCCAGAGCUCACAGAGCCUGUGCUCACAGAGCCAGCACUCACAGAGCUCACAGAGUCAAAGCUCACGGAGCCCACCAAGCCAGAGCUCACAGAGCCUGUGCUCACAGAGCCAGCACUCACAGAGCUCACAGAGUCAAAGCUCACGGAGCCCACCAAGCCAGAGCUCACAGAGCCAGCACUCACAUAGCUCACAGAGUCAGAGCUCACGGAGCUCACCAAGCCAGAGCUCACAGAGCCAGCACUCGCAGAGCUCACAGAGUCAGAGCUCACGGAGCUCACCAAGCCAGAGCUCACAGAGUCAGAGUUCACAGAGCCAGCACUCGCAGAGCUCACAGAGUCAGAGCUCACGGAGCUCACCAAGCCAGAGCUCACAGAGCCAGAGCUCACAGAGCUCACAGAGUCAGAGCUCACAGAGCCAGCACUCACAGAGCUCACAGAGCCAGAGCUCACAGAGCCAUCCCCUGUCAGACAUACACCUGCAGCUUGGAGUGGAGUCACACACUCACACCCCUCAGCCCUUCGCACAAACACACACUGUCCAGCUAAUGACGCUACACCUACCCCAGUCCCAGUCCACACACAGACACAGGAGGAGGGCAGAGUGGGCACUCACUGAGGGAACGCUCCCUCUCUCCUCCCUGUCCUCCCCCACAUACCCCUCCCCCUCCCCCUCUCUUUGGGGGUGGCGACCCCCCCGCUCCCGCACUCCCCCUUGCUCAGCCAGCCGGCGUUUCGCUGCCCGCAGCCGACUACCCAGCAGCCCCAUGACUGCCAUCUCGGAGCGGGAAGGGGAGGGCGAAUCAAUGGAGGGCGAUGGGUUGGCCGUGACCAUUGGACUGGGCUGCGAUUCCUGCAAGACUUUUGGAUUGGUCAAGCUCACUGACGGACGUGCCGAGGCCACCAAUGGCAGCCUUGAUUGGCAGCAGAGCAGAUCCAUGGAGAAACACACCGUCUUGUGGGUUGGCUAAAGCACCGGACUGGUGAGUCGCUGUCCUACUCAUAUACCCAGGACAGAGGCUUCAGUCCAGGAUCUAGGAGACUUUAUGUAUCCUGCACCUGGGGGAAAUUGUCAGGAAGUCGAACACUGUUGAAAAGAAAAACCUACCAGCCACCAGACUGGCUAUUGUAAAGGACAGUGGAGGCGGGUGAGCACAGAAAUAGGAGGAUGGGCUCGUUGUAACGGCUGGAAUGGAAUUAGUCUCCACGGAGUCAAACAUGUGUUUUCCAUAUGGUUCAUGUGUUUGAUACCAUUCGAUUUAUUUCAUUCCAGCCAUUACAAUGAGUCCGUCCUCCUAUAGCUCCUUCCACCAGCCUCCACUGGUACAAGAUGAUUGUCUCUGUUAAAAAAUGAUUGGGUAACAUGAAUGUUGUUUUUUUCUCUGACCUGUUGUUUCAGUCUUGUAUCUAGUUUUAGUAUGCAGCAGUAGCCAUUUUGAGAUUAAGAAAGCAACAUUGUAUUAUAUUAUUAAAAUAUAUAUUUAAAAAAAUGUAUUUUGAGGUUUCAGUUACCAAAGAAAACUGUCCCUCCCAGUGAAGCAACUGCUGCAGUGGGCAUGUCUGAGAAUGUCUCUUUUGAUUGUGAUUGGCUAAUUGUUUGGAAUCAUGAUUGUGAUUGGCUUAUUGUUUGGAAUCAUGAUUGUGAUUGGAGGAAUGCGUUCUGCUAAAGUUACCCUAUAUUUAUAUUAUUUGAUACUUAAAUCCUCUUUAAAACAAAUCAACAUAUUUAGCAGAUGUAGUUUAAUGCUUGUUUUUCCUACUGUAGCUCCGACAGUGCAGUAAUAUCUAACAACUUACAACAAAACACACAAAUCUAAAAGUAAAAUAAUGAAAUUAAGAAAUAUAUAAAUAUUUCAUUAAUUAAAUCAUCUUAUUUAGUUUUUUGACAUUAGACAUAAUUUGAUUGAGUCUUUUUUUGUAAAUGUAGUACGUGCUUCCCUCAUCUCAUUAUAAAGUAUCUUCUGUCUCGUUUAUUUUUUCUUUACCUCUAAUACCUGGACUUUCUAAUACCUGGACAUUUUUCUAACAGUUGAUUUUGUGUUCUAUGAGUUUUCAAGUGUAUUUUAUUUGAGAACUGUGAAGACAAUGGAGUCCCAUUUUUAUAUAGGUUAUCUGGGGUCCUGUGUGGCUCAGUCGGUAGAGCAUGGCGCUUGCAACGCCAAGCGUCGUGGGUUCGAUUCCCGCUGGGGCCACCCAUAUGUAAAAGUAGUGGCCCCAGCCGACUUGUAAGUCGCUUUGGACAAAAGCGUCUGCUAAAUGGGAUAUAUAUUAAUCCUGGUGCUAGAUAUGGGUUUAGAGGUUAGAGGUUAAAGUGUCUACAGAUUGUGUUUAGAUGACAGAUGUGACAUAUCUAUAAGGAUGAAGUCAGAUGAACGAUAGACAGAGAUUAGAGGUGGAGUGGUUAUGGGCGAAGGAUAGAUAGAAGAACAGGGUCAUGUAAAAGAUGGAGAGAGAGAAGGGGCAGAGUGUGGGGUGAAAAGAGUGAGAGAGAGAGAGAGAGAGACAGAGAGAGAAGGGGCAGAGUGUGAGGUGAAAAGAGUAAGAGAGAGAGAGAGACAGAGAGAGAGAGAGAGAGACAGAGAGAGAGAGAGAGAGAAGGGGCAGAGUGUGAGGUGAAAAGAGUAAGAGACAGAGAGAGAGAGACAGAGAGAGACAGAGAGAGAAUGGGCAGAGUGUGAGGUGAAAAAGAGUAAGAGAGAGAGAGAGACAGAGAGAGAGAGAGACAGAGAGAGAAGGGGCAGAGUGUGAGGUGAAAAGAGUAAGAGACAGAGAGAGACAGAGAGAGAGAGAGGGAGAGAGAGAGAAGGGGCAGAGUGUGAGGUGAAAAGAGUAAGAGAGAGAGGAGAGAGAGAGAGAAGGGGCAGAGUGUGAGGUGAAAAAGAGUAAGACAGAGAGAGAGAGAGACUGAUGUACAGACUGAUAUACAGACUGAGGAGAAGGCUUAAUGAUGAGUUGAAUAAAGUAUAU